AUGGAACAAUGCAAAUUAGAAGCUACUCCUAUGAAUACAAAUGAGAAUCUGACAACAAAAGAUGAAACUGGAAUGGCUGAUGGUCAAGAGUACAGAAGCUUAGUUGGGAAACUCGUCUACCUCACGCACUCUCAUCCGAACAUCAGCUUUGCAGUUGGAGUCAUAUCACAGUUCAUGCACUGUCUUACCAAGCAUCAUUUCGGAAUUGCGAAAAGAAUCUUGCGAUAUAUUGCGGGCACGAAGGAGCUAGACAUAUGGUAUCACAAAGGAGAAAACCUUGUGCUAAAGGCAUAUACAGAUAGUGACUGGGCUAGGUUGCUUGACGACCGAAAAAAUACAACUGAAAAUUGUUUUAUGCUUGGAUCAACUGUCAUUGGAUGGUCAUCGAAGAAGCAACCCACAAUUGCUAUAUCUACCGCAGGGGCUGCGCAAACUACUGCAUGA